CGCCUGCCCGCCCGUUGCCCGGCACCUUCCGCUUCCGCCCCCGCCCUUCCGCUCCCAGAGUUCCGCGCGCCGAAUCAUGGACCACAAUGACAAUGAUUUGCAAGGAACAAAUAGUUCRGGAUCAUUGGGUGGUCUUGACGUCCGUAGAAGAAUCCCUAUAAAGCUUAUCUCAAAACAGACCAACAAAGCCAAACCUGCACCUCGAACUGCAAGGAAUAUGACCAGGAUGCCUUCAAAGACUCAGGCUGGUGAUGAAGAAUUUGAUUAUAACGAAGAGGAACGAUACGAAUGCAAAGGCGGGGAAAUGUUUGGAAAUCAGAGGAGACUUCCUGGACCCAUCUUCUGGGACUAUAAGAUAAACUUGCUCGGGGAAAAGGAUGAUACCCCUGUGCAUUUCUGUGAUAAGUGUGGAUUGCCCAUCAAAAUGUAUGGACGUAUGAUCCCUUGCAAGCACGUUUUCUGCUAUGACUGUGCUAUACUCCAUGAGAAAAAGGGAGACAAGAUGUGUCCAGGCUGCAACGAGCCGGUGCAGCGGAUCGAGCAGUGCGUGCGGGGCUCGCUCUUCAUGUGCAGCAUCGUGCAGGGCUGCAAGAGGACCUACCUGUCGCAGCGGGACCUGCAGGCGCACAUCAACCACCGCCACAUGCGGGCCGGCAAGCCGGUGCCGCGGCCUCCCAUCGAGCCCGUCCACCCGCCCAUCGCGCCGCCUCCCGCCGAGCUCCCGGAGCGCUUCAUCCUGCCGCCCGACAAGCACCACCUGAGCCACCUGCCGCCCAAGCAGCACCUGCUGCUGCCGCCGCCGCCGCUGCAGCACGUGCCGCACGAGCACUACAGCCAGCCGCACGAGGACAUCCGCGCGCCGCCCGCCGAGCUGGCCAUGGCGCCGCCGCCGCCGCGCCCCGUCGCCCAGGACACCUUCCGCAUCUCCACCCGCAAGCACAGCAACCUCAUCACGGUGCCCAUCCAGGACGACUCCAACUCGGCGGCGCGGGAGCCGCCGCCGCCGGCGCCCGCCCCCGCCCACCACCACCCCGAGUACCAGGGCCAGCCGGUGGUGUCGCACCCGCACCACAUCCUGCCCCCGCAGCAGCACUACGCGCCGCCGCCGCCGCCGCCGCCCCCCAUCAGCCACCCGCUGCAGCACCCGCCGCAGGCGGCGGGCACCCCGCACAUGGUCUACAGCCAGGCCCCGCCGCCGCCCAUGACCUCGGCGCCGCCGCCCAUCACCCCCCCGCCCGGACACAUCAUCGCCCAGAUGCCGCCCUACAUGAACCACCCGCCGCCGGGGCCGCCGCCGCCGCAGCACGCGGGGCCCCCCGUGAACGUGAGCGCGCCCCCUCCGCACCACUACAACCCCAGCUCCCUGCCGCAGUUCAGCGAGGACCAAGGCACCCUGAGCCCCCCCUUCACGCAGCCCGGCGGGAUGAGCCCCGGCAUCUGGCCGGCUCCCAGGGGGCCGCCGCCGCCCCCCAGGAUGCAGGGGCCGCCGGCGCAGGCGCCGCUGCCGGGGCCGCAUCACCCCGACCAGGCCAGGUACAGACCCUACUACCAGUGACGGGGCGGGCCUGGGCGCAGGGAGCGCUGCGAGGAGGAUAAAACUAUAUCCGGCAGUCUUUUAAUUAAUUUGGUUUUUUUUUUAAUACUGUCAUUUUGACUGUAGGACACUCUGGGGGUUUGAAUCUUAAGUAAUUUUUAAACCUUGGCUGUAGGACUCUGACUUCAAAUAUUCUGUAGUGCUAAAAUAAGUGUCUUAGUAGACUACGGUUGCAUUUUAACAGAACUUCCGUCUCUAGUGUGGCUAAAUUGUCCUAAGAUGAACACUUGUAAUAUUAUUUCCCGGAGAAAAUGAACAGGCGUUGUACCAAUAUUGUUUUUUGCUAAAGCCAAUGUUUAGUUUCACUUGUGAUAGGUUUUUUUGUUAACCUGUGUACAAUAAUCAAAUUGCAAUAUGAUUGUAAAAGUGCUGGGCUUCUACGUGAAGUUAACACAGUCACGGCCCCUGGACACCGUUUUGGUACUAAUAUUUCCAAAGGGACAACAUAAUGAUAUACUAAGGAAGCUUUAAUGUCUUUUGUAUUAACAAUUGCCAUUACUUGGCGUGAGUUGAGGCUAUUCAGAAUUCAUGGCACUAGAAAUCAGAUGUGCAAAAUACUGCUGCGUCAAAAAGAAACGAAAAGAAACAAUUCUGCAAUAUCAGGAGAGCAAAAUAAAUACCCCAAAUGCGGCUUUGGGCAUGCUGUGAGACAUGUCAUGAUAUAUUGCGGAUUUUUUGACAUGGGUGGGUGGGUGUUUUUUUUAAUUUGUUGUGUUUUUYGUUUUUAAAAAGCUCUGUUUUAGUUGGGAUAGGUCUGUUGCCACGUACAGAGGGCCCGGUCUGCGCAGGGCUGUUUGUGCGGAGGUGCCAGGCGGCCCUGGCUCCCACGCGGGUGGUUUUGUGGCAUCCCGCUGUGUCACUCGAUCCAACRUGUACAGGAGCCAAACCUCCCGUUUUGAUCGUCUGAAAAAAGGGGUCUGAAAUCUGUUAUGCAGAUCUAAAAAAAAAAAAAAAAAGAAAGAAACCCUGCAAAGCCUUUAUCUGUUUCAGUUGUGUGGUCGAGAUUGAGUUUAACAGCCCGUGGCUCAUAUAAAGGUCAUCACUGKUUUUUUUUUGAAGUGGAUAUUUAAGGAGGCGACUGAGUGUUUUGGUCUAAAAUUCAGGUUUUAUGAGCACACUUAAAUACAAAUACGAUAAAUGUAAGAUGUGAAUGUUCCCUGAUGUGGCUGGUAGCUGAAGCAGAUGACAAAGCAUUUCCAAUCCAUGGAAGUGUUGGACUGUCUUUUUUUUUUUUUUUUUCCCCCCAAAUGCCACUUUUCUAGCAGGGCUGCUUUCAGAUAGGAUUUUUUUUUUUUUAAGGUUCAUAAUUUCCUGCUAUAAUAACCUAAACUAACUUCUCUCAGCCUUUGUGUUACUACUUGUUUUUUAAACAUCUUUUUCUUUGUUAGUUUACUAGGUCAAAGAGCCUUGGUGGUGCAACGUUCCAAAUUUGGUAAUUUUAGUAUGAACCCCGUGUUUUCUAAUUACCA